AUCAUUAUUUGCGUGUGGGAAUUAGCUAUCAAAUUAAUUAGGUCAAAACCUGCGUGGAUCUGCAGCAUAUUUCGACCACGGAUCGGAAUUCCCGAUCCUUCCAUCUUCUGAUCUCUCUCCCACCUACCUUCCCAUUUUCCCACGAGCCUUCUCCCCUUUCGAUUUUCAUCCGUAUAUAAACGCCUUCACAAAAUUAUAUCCUCGAGGAAUUACUUUGGAAAAGAGAGGAAUUUCUUCUUCUGGGUCUCUCGAAUUUGUCUGUUUGGUGCCUAAAAAUCCGCCCUUGUUUUUGCUGUUGAAAGAUAACACGAGGAUCUGUUAUGGAGGAAGCAAUGGCAACCAGGUACUGGUGUCAUAUGUGCUCACAGAUGGUGAAUCCUGUAAUGGAGGCUGAGAUCAAAUGCCCCUUUUGUCAAAGUGGUUUCAUUGAGGAGAUGGAAGACAUCCAAGAUUCAGUUCCCCUUCACCAUCGAGCUCCGGUUUCAUUGUGGGCUCCAAUCUUGAUGGGGAUGAUGAACAAUCCAAAUCGCCAACUGGGCACUGAAUCCAUCGAACAUAACGAUGAUCAGAGCGAUAAUGGAGCUGAUAAUGGAUCCAGUAAUGGUAGAGAAAGUGAUUUGGAUCGACAACUCGAGGAGAUUCGAAGGAGGAGAAGAAGGCAUUCGGCUGCUAUUCUGCAGUUGCUUCAGGGGUUAUCAUUAGAAACUGAGAACAACGAGAAUAACAGGGAAGACCCGGGUACAGAUAGAGAACGAGAGCCUGUGAUCUUGAUCAAUCCGUUCAAUCAGACGAUCAUGUUGCAGGGUUCUUAUGAUGUGAAUCCCGUUCCAGUUGGAUCUUUGGGCGAUUAUUUCAUUGGACCCGGGUUUGAUGCAUUGCUUCAGCGUUUGGCGGAGAAUGACCCGAAUAGAUAUGGAACUCCUCCGGCUCAGAAAGAGGCAGUCAAGGCUUUGCCCUGGUUGAAAAUUGAAGAAACUUGUCAGUGUUCGGUGUGUUUGGACGAUUUCGAGAUCGGGACAGAGGCGAGAGAGAUGCCCUGUAAGCACAGGUUCCAUAACCAGUGCUUGUUACCAUGGCUGGAGCUUCACAGUUCAUGCCCUGUCUGCAGAUAUCAGCUUCCUAUGGAUGAACCAAAGACCGAUUCAGACAGAUUGAGAAACAACAACAACAACAACAACAGUAAUGCGAGUAGUAGUUCUGGUCCUGGUAAUGGCAACGGAGAUGGAGUUCGUCAAGAGGGCGAAAGCGGUAACGGGAGCGGGAAUGGAAGAGGCUUCUCGUUUCCAUGGCCGUUGAGCAGUCUGUUCUCGUCGUCUCGGGAUAACAGUUCGUCAAACUCAGGUUCUCAAUCUGAAACUGGUUCAAGAAUUGAUUGAGCUUUUGAAAUCUAUUUGUGCAGAGCUGUGAAUAUUGAUGAUGGUUGGUUGAAUUGUUACCCGCGGUUUUUUGUCGUGUAUAAAUGUCUCGGAUACUCAUGCAAGUGAAAGGGUCUCUUCGAAAAGAAACAUUCGUGUUUUUUGCCCUUUUUUUUUCUUUGUAAUAAUGGUCGUUUAUUACAUUCUACAUUUCGACACUGGUUUAGUAGUGGUUUUCCUUCAUAAUUU